AUACUUAUACUGCACGCUUGUUAGAGGAAGCCAAGCCACAACCUUCCUUCCCCGAGCUCUCUUUCUCAAGUCUCAGAACUCGAAGAGCAUCGAAGCAAUGACGGAGAAGGUCUCCACCUUGAUCAUAGAAGCAGAUAUCGGAUGCUCAUGUUGUUACAAAAAGAUCCAAAAGCUUCUUUGCAAGCUCCAAGUUCGAGAGAGAAUCCUGUCCAUCAAUUACAACGAGAAGGAUAACAAGGUCACCAUCUCCGGCCCCUUCAAUCCCGAGUGUCUUAAGAAGAAGCUGCUUUGCAAGCUGUGCAAGGUGGCGAAAGAUAUCAAGAUCAAGCCGGAUGACCCACCGCCGCCCCCGCCGAAACCCACAAAGGAACCCAAAGAGCCUGUCAAGAUUAUCUGCUGCUUCAAGCCGUGGCCAGACUGCUGCUUCCGGCCAUGCCCUUGUUUCGAGCCAAGCAAAGGCUGUCGCCGGUGCUGCUUCUGUGGUUGGAUGUGCUGCGCUGUCGCGCCAUUCUGCGCUCCAGAGCCCAAGCCUAGCCCGCCGAAGGAAACGAAACUUGUUUGCUGCGGCAAGCCAUGGCCGUCCUGCUGCUACAAGCCCUGCCCUUGCUUUGAGCAAACCCAUGGCUGCCGCCGGUGCUGCUCCUGUGGUUGGAUGUGCUGCGUUCGAGGGCCGGUCUGUGUUCCACCGCCCAACCCCUGCCCGUCGUAUUGCCCUCCCAGGGCUUGCCCAUCGGAGCACUGCUGCUCCAAGCCAAGCCCGCCGCCGAAUCCAUGUUUCCAUGGCUACAAGUUUGUCUACGAGGAGGGGCCGCCGCCAGAUCCAUGCACCAUUAUGUAAUCUUUAAUCGACCUCUCGUCUAUCCUUUGGUUCCAAUUCCCGUACUUUCUUUAGGCCGCUGAAGAGUAGUGCAGGCGACGAAAGACGUAAAUACGAUCGUAAUGCCGACAGGAUCAUCCCAUCCGAUCUUGUGGAUUAUGAUGGUGAAAGAGAGAUCCAAGAAGCUUAGUUUUCGAUGUGUUUACUUGAGUGGAAGUUUGUGUUUCGAUUUGUGUCA